GGAGGCUCUGUGAGAGGCGUGCCAGCCGCGGUUGCAGCAGGAGGGCUGACAGGGCCUGAUGGAGGAGCUGGUGGGGCUGCGUGAGGGCUCCUCAGGGGACCCUGUGACUCUGCAGGAGCUGUGGGGCCCGUGUCCCCGCAUCCGCCGAGGCAUCCGAGGUGGCCUGGAGUGGCUGAAGCAGAAGCUGUUCCGCGUGGGCGAGGACUGGUACUUUCUGAUGACCCUCGGAGUGCUCAUGGCCCUGAUCAGCUACACCAUGAACUUCGCCAUUGGGCGUGUGGUCCGAGCGCACAAGUGGCUGUACCGGGAGAUCGGGGACAGCCACCUGCUCCGGUACCUGUCCUGGACCGUGUUCCCCGUGGCUCUUGUCUCCUUCUCCUCCGGCUUCUCCCAGAGCAUCACACCCUUCUCUGGAGGUUCUGGAAUCCCGGAGCUGAAGACCAUCCUGUCAGGUGUGGUCCUGGAUGACUACCUGGACAUCAAGAACUUUGGGGCCAAGGUGGUGGGCCUUUCCUGCACGCUGGCCUCUGGCAGCACCAUCUUCCUGGGCAAAGUGGGCCCCUUUGUGCACCUGUCUGUCAUGAUCGCCGCCUACCUGGGCCGCGUGCGCACCAAGACCGUCGGGGAGCCUGAGAACAAGAUCAAGCAAAACGAAAUGCUGGUGGCAGCCGCGGCGGUGGGUGUGGCCACGGUCUUCGCAGCACCCUUCAGUGGCGUCCUGUUCAGCAUCGAGGUCAUGUCUUCCCACUUCUCUGUGUGGGACUACUGGAGGGGCUUCUUCGCUGCCACCUGCGGGGCCUUCAUGUUCCGGCUCCUGGCGGUCUUCAACAGCGAGCAGGAGACCAUCACCUCCCUCUACAAGACCAGUUUCCGAGUGGACGUGCCCUUCGACCUGCCAGAGAUCUUCUUUUUUGUGGCACUGGGGGGUAUCUGUGGCAUCGCGAGCUGCGCCUAUCUCUUCUGUCAGCGGACCUUCCUCGGCUUCGUCAAGACCAAUCGGUUCAGCUCCAAACUGCUGGCCACCAGCAAGCCUCUGUACUCCGCCCUGGCCGCCUUGGUUCUUGCCUCCAACACUUACCCACCUGGCGCGGGCCGCUUCCUGGCUUCUCGGCUGUCCAUGAAGGAGCAUCUGGACACUCUCUUUGACAACCGCUCCUGGGCGCUGAUGACUCGGAACUCGUCCCCACCCUGGCCCGAGGAGCCCGACCCGCAGAACCUGUGGCUGGAGUGGUACCACCCGCGGUUCACUGUCUUUGGGACGCUCGCCUUCUUCCUGGUUAUGAAGUUCUGGAUGCUGAUCCUGGCCACCACCAUCCCCAUCCCUGCUGGAUACUUCAUGCCCAUUUUUAUCUUUGGAGCCGCCAUCGGGCGCCUCUUGGGGGAGGCCCUCUCUGUCGCCUUCCCCGAAGGCAUCGUGGCCGGAGGGGUCGUCAAUCCCAUCAUGCCUGGGGGGUAUGCCCUGGCAGGGGCUGCAGCCUUCUCGGGGGCAGUGACACACACCAUCUCCACGGCCCUGCUGGCCUUUGAGCUGACUGGUCAGAUCGUGCACGCACUGCCCGUGCUGAUGGCGGUGCUGGCCGCCAAUGCCAUCGCCCAGAACUGCCAGCCCUCUUUCUACGACGGCACCAUCAUCGUCAAGAAGCUGCCAUACCUGCCACGGAUCCUGGGCCGCAACAUCGGCUCCCACCGCGUGAUUGUGGAGCACUUCAUGAACGGCGCUGUCACCACGCUGGCCAAGGACACGCCGCUGGAGGAGGUGGCUGAGGUCGUGACCUCCACAGAUGUGGCCGAGUACGCCUUGGUGGAGAGCACAGAGUCUCAGAUCCUCGUGGGCAUCGUGCGGAGGGCUCAGUUGGUGCAGGCCCUCCAGGCUGGGCCUCCUUCCUGGGCUCCAGGACAGCAGCGCUGUCUCCAGGACGUCUUAAUGGGGGGCUGCCCGACGGAGCCGGUGACCCUGCAGCUGUCCCCAGAGACCUCCCUGCAUCAGGCACACAACCUCUUUGAGCUGUUGAACCUUCAGUCGCUCUUCGUGACGUCGCGGGGCAGAGCUGUGGGCUUCGUGUCCUGGGUGGAGAUGAAGAAGGCAAUCUCCAACCUGGCAAAUCCACCAGCCCCCAAGUAAGCCAGCCCGGCGCGACGAAACAGGGCGUCCCAGCUGCCCUGGCCAGCGAGGCUGGGCAGAGACCCUGACUCCUCCCCCAUCAUGACACCGCCUCCCCCAGCCCGGCUCAGCUCCUUGGCAAAACAGGCAGCUCUAACCUUGCCCUGAAGGGGGGUCUCAUAUUCACCAUGUCCCAUCCUGGGUGGGAUAACGGCUCCUGCCUUGGAAGGCAAAUCCCACCUUGGACACAUCUCAGAGUGUGAGAUAACAAAAAACCCGUCUAGAGCAGGUGCCCAGCGAGUGGUCACCAAAUUCAUGAACAAAGAGCUUGGCGUACACUGUCACCAAGGGCAGACACAUGCUGUCUGGGAGUUGUCCGACUCCCAUCCAGAGGUCCCUGAGAAAAAUAAAGCUGGUCCCCAGAGCCGUGCUCAUCCUUCA